GGGCAAGGCCCAGGUGUUUCGAUCUUUUGGCCUCUGAAGUCUGGAGGUGCAUAGUAAGCAUGUGGCUGAGGAAAUGGCCAGGGCCAACGGCUGUUGUAGCUUCUUUCCAAACUAGUGACGUAACCUUGAAGGUCACCGCACGUCUUGAGCCUUAGUUUCCCCUUUCACAAAGUGAAGACGUUUACAUAUUUCCAAGGUUAUGAAGGCAAGCUCUGGAUGAGCCCUGAGAUUGAACCUCCAAGAUGGAUGAUCAGGAUCCUGGGGGCAUUAGCCCCCUUCAGCAGAUGGUGGCCUCAGGAACUGGGGCUGUGGUCACCUCCCUCUUCAUGACACCCCUGGAUGUGGUGAAGGUCCGCCUUCAGUCUCAGAGGCCCUCAGUAGCCAGCGAAUUGACACCUCCUUCCAGAUUCUGGAGUCUCUCUUACACCAAAUCACCCUCUACUCUACAAUCCCCAGGGAAGUGCCUCCUCUACUGCAACGGUGUCCUGGAGCCCCUGUACCUGUGCCCCAACGGCACUCGCUGUGCCACCUGGUUUCAGGAUCCGACUCGAUUCACUGGCACCUUGGAUGCCUUUGUGAAGAUCGUGAGGCAUGAGGGCACUAGGACCCUGUGGAGCGGCCUCCCAGCCACCCUGGUGAUGACUGUGCCAGCUACUGCCAUCUACUUCACUGCCUACGACCAACUCAAAGCUUUCCUGUGUGGUCAGUCCUUGACCUCUGACCUCUACGCACCCAUGGUGGCUGGUGCCCUCGCCCGCAUGGGCACUGUGACAGUGGUCAGCCCCUUGGAGCUUGUGCGCACCAAGCUACAGGCUCAGCACGUGUCAUACCGGGAGCUGGCUACCUGUGUUCAAGCUUCGGUGGCCCAGGGGGGCUGGCGCUCACUGUGGCUGGGCUGGGGUCCCACAGCCCUUCGAGAUGUGCCCUUCUCAGCUCUGUACUGGUUCAACUACGAGCUGGUGAAGGGCUGGCUGAACGGGCUGAGACCAAAGGACCAGACAUCCGUGGGCAUCAGCUUUGUGGCUGGUGGCAUUUCAGGAAUGGUGGCUGCCACCCUCACUCUACCCUUCGAUGUGGUGAAGACCCAGCGGCAGAUCGCACUGGGAGCAGUGGAGGCCGUGAGAGUGAAGCCCCCAAGAGUUGAUUCCACCUGGCUCCUGCUUCGGAGAAUCCAAGCUGAAUCGGGCACCAGGGGACUCUUUGCAGGUUUCCUCCCAAGGAUCAUCAAGGCCGCUCCCUCCUGUGCUAUCAUGAUCAGCACUUACGAGUUCGGCAAAAGCUUCUUCCAGAGGCUCAACCAGGAACAGCCUCUGGGCCACUGAAAGGCGAGGAACAACCAGCUCUUGCAUGGGUGGGGACAGGAGACUGAGCCGAGUGCCUUCCCUCCCAACCCAGUCAUCCAGGCUACCCCACACUUCGACUCCUGCUCUUCCCGAAGGAAGCAUUCAGCAUUCACAGUCAGCAUUCGUCCACCUCCAAGUUCAAGACCAAAUCUGACAGCUGCCCCUUUCAUUGUAUCUCCUUGAUGUUUGUUGUAGCUUAGCCCUGAGUGAUCAGGCUCUCUGGGCUAGGCAGCCUUGUUUAUCCCCUGUCUAAAGAAGAUGACCUUCUGUGCA